GUCCUCUCAUGUUCCAUAGGGCAUGUAAGAACAAGAGAGUUGAUGUUGCAAGAAAUAUUGUGGAACAUCACGGAACAGAAUGGAAGGACGACGAUGGUCGUGAUGCAUGGGAUAUUGUGGCUGUUUAUGACAACGUGGACAUUGCUGACAUCAUCCUGAAGAGAAGACUGCCAGACGGCAAUGAUGUGGAAACGACUGUUUCUAUGUCAAUGGAAGAUGUUGCAGUGGAGACUCGAUGUGUCGUGUUACACUGGGCACACAAGAACAGUAGAGUGGAUGUGAUAAGAAAGAUUGUUGAGCAGGGAACAGAAGUGAAGGACAGAUUGGGACGAACUUUACUUCACUAUGCUGCUGAUCAUGGCAACUGUGAUGUGGUUGAUGUUCUCUUGAGCAAGAAGGCAGACGCUGAUGCUUCAGACAAGGAUGGGAAGAGACCUUUUGAUUUUGCUGUGAUAAGAGGUCACAUGUCAACAGCUAAUCGGUUGUUUUCCAUAAUGCAGUCAGUUGAAGAUGUUGCAUUAGAGAAUGUGUGUAAGCUGCUGCAGUGGGCAUGUAGUAAUGAAGUGGAUGUUGCAACAAAGAUUGCAGAGAAGUUUUGUCAAUCAGUGGAGAAGAAGUCUGGUCGCACUUUACUUCACUUUGCUGCUCUACUUGAUCAUCGUGAGGCAGUCGAGUGUCUGUUGGAGAAGAAGGCUGAUGCAGAUGCUAAAGAUAAGGUAAACAAUAUUACAAACUGUUGUUAUCAUCACUCGUAAUACUCUACUGUGUUGUAAGCAACAUGCCCGCUAGUUGCGAUAUCGCAUAGACAUGAGACAGUGUGGGCUUCAAUGGGGCAACAUGCUAGGU